AUGGCUCAUUGUCUUAUCCUUGGUAUUUUAUCAACACAACGAUUAAUAUCAAAUGAAGUAAAUUUAAAUGAUGUUGAAGCAACACCUCAUACAAUUUAUGUAAAAAGUCUUUUAUCAUGCUCUAAUAAUCAACCAUAUUCAAUUGCAUUAAUAGACUCUAUGUCAAUGUAUUUUGAUAGAAUACGAAAUCAUGUUAAAUUAUUAUGUACACGUGAUUUAUUAUCCUAUGGACAACUUUCAUAUGAUACGAGAUUAACAUCAAUUCAAAGUAAUAAUACAUUACCAUUAACAGUUAAUCUUAGUUCAUUUAUAUAUCUACCUGAUUUAUUUCCAUCAUCACAACAUUUAUCAAAUUUAUAUGAUUUAUGUGAUGAAUAUUUUCUUCGAUGGUUUGAUAAAGAUGAUUUAAUGGUAUUAUUAAUAAGUUAUAAUUUAUGUAAAUCUGAUAUAUUACUUGGACAAAAACAACAAAAGAAUAUAAUCAAUUAUAUAUAUACAUUUAAUUGA